CAGUGGUUUAAAUUAGACGUAAAGCUCCUUAUCCAUGGACGUGGGAAGAAACUAGGUGCGGAGAGAGAGAGAGAGAGAGAGAGAGAGAGAGAGAGAGAGAGAGAUGCCGGUGGGGAGCCAAUUUCACGUCUCUUCGUUUUACCUCUUUCCAUCUCCAAAGCUAUCAGGGUUUUCUAAUUCAAGGGGUUACCCACGGCGGAGAACUGGGUUUCGCUCGAAUGUGGGCAAAAGCCCCAGUGACGGGGCCAUGGUUGACAUGAGCGGCAAUGGCGGAACUCGAGGAGAAAGGCUGUAUUUAGGUAUGGAUUUUGGUACAUCUGGGACUAGGUUUUCUGUUAUCGAUGACCAAGGAGGGGUUCGAGGAGAAGGGAAGAGAGAAUAUCCCAAUUUCAUGAGGGACGAGAGCGUGGACUGGACAAGCUCAUGGAAAGCAACUCUUUUUUCACUGCUCGAUGAUAUUCCAAUUAGCACUCGGUCUCUCAUCUCAUCCAUUUCGCUGGAUGGGACUUCAGCGACAACAUUAAUCCUAGACAGUGAUAGUGGAGAACCUCUGUGCCAGCCUUUUCUAUACGAUGAGAGUUGCCCUGAUGCUUUGCCCGAGGUAAAAUCUAUAGCACCAGCAAACCACACAGUCUGCUCUGGUUCCUCGACCUUGUGCAAACUCGUUUCAUGGUGGAACACCGAUGUCCCGGACAAGGAAUCAUCUAUACUGUUGCAUCAGGCAGAUUGGUUGCUGUGGCUACUUCAUGGCAGACUCGGCAUCUCAGACUACAACAAUGCCUUAAAGGUUGGUUAUGAUCCUGAAAGUGAAUCAUAUCCAUCGUGGCUGCUCUCCCAGCCUUAUUCUCGUCUCUUGCCUGCCGUUCAAGCGCCUGGAACUUCAAUUGGCUAUCUGAAAGCAGACAUUAGAAACCAAUUUGGAUUCCCAGACGAUUGCAUUGUUUGCACUGGAACUACCGAUAGCAUAGCUGCUUUUCUCGCGGCACGCGCUACAAAUCCCGGGAAAGCGGUUACUUCUCUGGGCUCAACCUUAGCCAUCAAGCUCCUGAGCACCAAAAGGGUCGAGGACGCUAGGUACGGAGUUUACAGCCACCGUCUGGAUGACAAGUGGCUCGUUGGAGGAGCUUCCAACACUGGCGGAGCCGUUCUCAGACAGCUUUUCAGCGACGAGAAGUUAGAGAGACUGAGCCGAGAAAUCGAUCCCAUGGUGGCGUCUCCUCUGGAUUACUACCCUCUUCAGAGGGCCGGUGAAAGAUUCCCGGUGGCUGAUCCCAACUUGGCUCCCAGGUUGCAUCCUCGCCCAGAAAGCGAUGUCGAGUACUUGCAUGGUAUCUUGGAAUCGAUUGCACGUAUUGAGGGUAAGGGCUAUGGGCUACUGAAAGAGCUGGGAGCGACGGAGGCGGAAGAGGUGUUUACAGCGGGAGGGGGAGCGAAGAACGAGAAGUGGACAGAGAUAAGGAGGCGGGUUCUUGGUUUACCUGUUAGCAAAGCUGUCCACACUGAGGCAGCCUAUGGAGCUGCGCUUUUGGCCUUGAAGGCAGCAAAAAACAACCAGACAUAACAAACUUGUGAAAUGGUAAGAUCUUCCUUCAGGGUCACUUAUAGAACUGAGCAGAGAAUGUAAAUCUUUGAGCAAGCGAAUGCCACCAUUUUUCUUAUCUGGGAUUGGAAUGUAUACAUACAUAUCUAACGCACGAUAUAAUGCAUAAAUUGUGUUAAUGUUUGCUUGA